UAAGGCUAAAGCUUUAUUAUGCAUUCUUAGAACAAACCUUUUGAGCUGUGAAGUUGUAGGGCUAGGGAAUUUAAGCACUGUUUUAAUACUUUAAGACAUCCACUGUAGGUUUUAUGGAUUAUUAAAAGUUAUUCAGAGAUUAUUUUGAUCCUUGAAUGGAAAUACAAUAGAAUCUAACUGUCAGAGCACCAGCGUUUAAACUACGCGGGGAUUAAAACGACAAACUCUGCAAAGUAGUGCCAGUGCCAUUUAUUGAAAACUGUUUCAUUUCUUUGGGCUUUUUGACCCGAAUUCUUUACUUUCAAAACAUCGGAUCAAUAAAGUGCUUGAUUUAUCCGUAAAUGUCAAAGUUAUACAUUAGGUAGUUUCCUCUUUAACCUGUAGUUAGUUGGCGGAACUCCGUCGAUGAGAUAGGGUUGAUCUAAACACACGAGAUGUCACUGGUUGUCAUGGUGCCCCCACGUUUUCAAUUCCUUUGAUAUUUGUUGUAUCAAGGAAAUAAAAAUUGCUCAUAAAGAAUUUAUGUUUUUUAAUCUAGUCCAUGCAGUCUUCAUUUGAGAUCAGAACCUCGUGUUGUUAUGAGAGUAAACAAGAGAUGCUAAGCUUGAUGUGUCAUUGUCCGAGUGUCCACGUAAUUGGUUUUUUAAAUUGUAAACAGCUCCAGUAUCCAUUGACCAUAAGCUCAAUGAGGGCCAUUUUGCGUAAAUAUAUUUAAUUUAAUCCAGGCAAGGAUUUGCUGUUCUCUCAAGAGUAACAGUACAGAUUAAGGGUUCCGGUGGCUUUUUGACAAUGGGCUGUAAUUGUAAGUAAGUUAAACUGUUUCUGAUUGGAAACCACCAUCAACACUGGACUGUACAAUGUUGCCAAUGGCACAGUGAAUAAAAAAGCUUCGGAUUUAUGUUACUGUGAACUUUUUCAAACCAAUUUAUAGAAAGAUUCUUUUAUUCCAAGUGACAGUUGUAAUUUAGGACUUUUCAGUUUUAAUGGAUUUAAAUUCCACAUAAUUGGGAAAGAACUAUGGAUUACUCUGAGAGAUUUAAGAGAUAUUCACGAUCUGACUCUAAAGACAGUCGUAGUAAACUCGGUUCUAAAGAUAGCCGCCAUGCCUCUAUACCAUCCAAACCUGGCACAAUGGAUAGUAGCAAUACAGCGUACACUCAAGGAAGUCGCACCUCACGCAAGGAAAGUGGAGAACCCAACGGCAAACUCAGAGACAGUGAUAUGAACAGAGCUCAAAGAGAGAGUGGAGAUUUCAAUGGGAGACUCAGAGGAAGUGGAGAAAUGAACAGUAAACACAGAGAGACUGAUUAUAGUCGGUCAUAUAGGGAGGGUGGAGAAUAUAAUGGCAAUAAAUCUGUGAGAGGGGGUGGAGAAAGCAAUGGCAGUAAACAAGCACCAAAAACCAAAGGCAGGCAAACCAAAGAUCCUCAGUUUCAAUCUGAGGCAUUAGUUCCAGUAAAAACUGGAAGGUCAUCUCCAGGCAAACUUUCAUCUCCACGGAAACUGGGAAAAGGAGAAAUCCCUCACAAUCACCCUGACAGAUCUUAUCUGUUUGAUGCUGAAUACACGCCAGAAUUACUGAGUAUUGCAGAAAUAAAACUAGAAUCACAUCUCCCCAGGAUAUACGAUUUCUGGGGACGACCAAGUAUUGGUGUUAAAACGAAGGGUGGAUCCAAUGAUAUGGGCUCCUACCAUUUUGAGGGUAAGGGAUACUUUGACCCAGCGAUCUACAUUUACCCUACCUCCGACAAUGUCCCACGUAGCUACCUAGAGGAGAAAGAGAUGGAAUGUAUGGCCAAGGACGAAACAAUCAGGAUGCUCAAUUCAAAAAUUCGACGCCUUGAACACCUCUUACAGUUAAAAGAUACCAGAAUGUUAGAUCUACAAGGGCAGAUAGCAAGAGAGCAGGGUCUAUACUACGUGACCAGCAGGAAGCAUGUUGUCAAAUAAAAUGCUGCCUUGCGCAGCAUGAUUAAAGCAUGGGGUCAGAAAGAAAUUGCACAAUGUUUUUUCUUGGGAUGUCCUCUCUUGCUUGUGUCUUUGUGUGUAUUGUCUCAUCAUGUACAUUAUACAACCAAUCACAAGUCCCCUAAUAAAUGGUGUGUGGGAGUUUCCUACUAACUUUUGUAACAUGCAUGAUCACUGGGUCUGGAUUGUGCUAACUGCCUGUGAUAUAGUUCUGUGAUAACUCAGAUUUAUCUGUAUGUAUAUAUUUAUAUUCAUAAUUUCUUAACCAUUUCAAUGGAUAUUGAGUUUGUAACCCCCAAAAGAUGUGUUAUAUAGUUUCACGUUAAGUUGUUUAAAUAUAUACACCCAUGUCAGUGUAUGCAUCAAUUACUGUUACAGAGGUGAUGUAUUUCAAACUGUCAAGCAUUGCGUGUUAUGUGAUAUUUUUGGUUUGAUGAAGAUAAUCUUGUUACCGGUACUUGGUCACUGCUGCGUUUUUAUAUUGCAUUGUAUCAAAAGUUCAGGAAAGUAUUGACUCAAGAAAUGAAGAUUUUAUGUCGGAGCUUUGUGCCUCCCUGUUUCAGUUCCUUUUGUAGAUUCAUUCAUUUUUCUUUUGUUUCACUUUUUUAUAAGUUUUCCUUCUUCUUAAAGGGGUAGUGGUAAACAACAAAUUACAUAUAUUAUUAACUAAUUUGGUGGGGAAUAUAAAAAAACCUGAAAAUAUAUGUACAUAUAAUUACCCUAUUACUUGACCCAUUACUCAAAAGAAUUAGCAUAGAAUAGAUAGAAUAGAAAUUCCAUGUUUGCCAAAGUGAUGUAUAUAGUGGGGGCAGUAAAACUAAUAUACCCUCCAUCUCUGAAGAUGGCAGACUUCGCGAUGAGAGUUAGUUAUCCAACUUCUUUAACCUGACCGUGUUAACAAGUGUUACAAUAACCUGUAUUAUUUAGGUAGUAUAUAGUCCUCGUCAGAUUUCUUUGGGUUCUGCUUUAACAAAAAAAUCUUAAGUUUCUCAGGCGGGUUUAGCUUUCAAAAAGGGGAAUAACUCAUGUUCAAAAAAUGAAAAAAAAAAAAAAAUUAUUCCUCUCUCA